CCGCAGCUAGAAGCAGAAACUUGAAUCGUCGCCGGCAACAGAGCGAUUACCGAUUCGCAACUGCAAUGUAACUUGGCUCACUUAAAAUGCGCCCGUGUCUGUACGCUCAUGACAAGGUGGAACAGAACCGGCUUGUCCGCGGUGUCGUCUGAACCGCCAUCGAAUGACCAGGAUGUCCCACAAACGAGACCCAAACUCAAAUCCGGAGCGGUUUAGGAUCCUUAACACCAAUGAGCUCCGGGAUCUAUUACAAGAUGAAGAAACGAUGGACCAGAUCAUCAGGCUCAGUCAGAAGUUCCAGGACCUGCAGGUGGACAGAGAAGCUCUGCUGACGUCCAACCGCUUCCUAGCAGAGGAGAAUCUCUCUCAGAGGCCCCGCCUCCAGAACCGCAAGUUACUAUUGGCUGAGAAGUACCAGGAGCUGGAGAAGCUGACCACUGCCUGCCAAGACAAGCAGAGUCAACUGGAGGCCUGUGCACAAAGGCGUAACCCCCAGGUGGCCCACUGCCUGCUCCAGGAAGAGGUGGCACAUGCUGAGCAAGAAUCUGAAGGUCUCCUUGAGAAGUUCAUGGCAGGCGGCGUGUCCCUGGAGGGGUUCCUGGAGUCCUUCCAAACCAGCAGGAAGGUGUACCAUAUCCGCCGCGCUCAGGCCGAGAAGAUCCAGGAGUUCUCCAGACCUCAGUGGAAACUCAGGAACCUCCAUAAAGCCGAGACCAAGACAUCCGAGCAGCAGGAUCCUCCUCCUCCCGACGGCUGUGCCGCUCAGGGCCCACCACGCAUCUUCCAGCUGCGCUACGGCCUCACCCCGGCCAUCAUUCUCCCCCGUGUUUCCCGCCCCUCCUCCCAGGCUCCGGCCCAUGCUGCCUGCCUGCCUCCCCUGGACAGCCAUGUAGGAAAGGCCCCUGCUUCUGGGCCUAGUGCCCCCCAUCCUGGCCCAGGCCCUGGCCAGCCAGUAGGCCUGAGAGUGAUUGGACAGAUCUCUGGCUGGCCUGCCAGGCCUGUGCGUUUACAGCAGCUCUGUAGGCAGCCCAAUCACCACCAGCCGGACCCUCCAUACCGAUAAUACUACUCCUCCUCUCCGGGCCUGGAAUGGAUUGAGUCUGGAAAACAUUGCCGAGGUCACACACAGUGAUGGAUUGAGGUCUUUCCUGGUUCUGUUGCUGAAAUUCUCAUUUUUCACAACAGCUAAGCGGCAGGCAGGCCGUACCAAUAGCAUCCUGAACACCCGUAACUGCGACAACCAAAAUGGAAAAUAAAAAGUUUACGAGAAUCCAUAAAAUGGGGUUAAGACACAAUUUGCAAAUAUUUCUGGUCAGAUGGAAAACUGGAUUUAACUCUUAAUUGUCUUUCACGUUUUCAAUGUCAGCAGUGUUGUGGAUUAUAGAAGUGGCACUAGGUGUCGUGUUUUUGCCCAGAGAUGGCAUUUCUCAUUGGCCUGCUGCAAAUUGCAUUU